AUGCUUGGAAAGUGGUUGACAACAGAAGCACCCAGACACAUCAAAAGGGUAGAAAUAGUUUUUCCUGUUGUAGGGCACUCCUUUAUUCCACCCGACCGCGUGUUUGCUCAAAUAGAGAAAGAUUUGAAAAAGCGUGAAGUCAUUUCGUCACCUGAACAAUAUCAAGAAAUCAUAACUCAAUAUUGUAAAAUGACUGCUCUAGAUACAAUUGCAGUACGAGAUUGGAAAUCGGCCUACGCACCAAUUAUCAAACCAACGACUAGCUGGCACGUACAGUUCCAAAACUGCAAAAGGUUUUUCUUGACACGUUCCAAAACAAAUAAUUUAUUGCUGCAAGGAGAACAGUCAUAUAAAAUUGAAAUUAAUGUAAAGAAGCCGAUAACAAAGAAAAAUAAAAGCAUCACUAUGUUGACUCCAGUUGUUAUUCCAGCAAACCAGUUGAUUCCAAAGAAAGCAAAGAUCACCGAUGUUUCAACUCUAUUGAAAAAACAUUAUGGAGAGCAAUGGAGACAUUAA